AUGGGUUACGAAGAUUCCGUCUAUCUCGCCAAGCUUGCUGAGCAGGCUGAGCGUUACGAAGAAAUGGUGGAGAACAUGAAGUCCGUUGCGUCCGAGGACCAAGAACUCACCGUUGAAGAGCGAAACCUCCUGUCCGUUGCCUACAAGAACGUUAUUGGUGCCCGCCGUGCCUCAUGGAGAAUCGUUACCUCGAUUGAGCAGAAGGAGGAGUCAAAGGGAAACUCGACCCAAGUUACUCUUAUCAAGGAGUACCGCCAGAAGAUCGAGGCUGAGCUUGCCAAGAUCUGCGAGGAUAUUCUUGAGGUUCUAGAAAAGCACUUGAUUCCAUCUGCUAAGAGCGGAGAGUCCAAGGUUUUCUACCACAAGAUGAAGGGUGAUUAUCACCGUUACCUCGCUGAGUUCGCCAUUGGUGACAAGCGAAAGGAGUCUGCCGACAAGUCCCUUGAGGCUUACAAGAACGCCACCGAGGUUGCACAGACUGAUCUCGCACCAACACAUCCAAUCCGACUUGGUCUUGCACUUAACUUCUCCGUCUUCUACUAUGAGAUCUUGAACUCGCCCGAUCAAGCCUGCCAUCUUGCCAAGCAAGCUUUCGAUGAUGCUAUUGCUGAACUUGACACCCUCAGCGAGGAGAGUUACAAGGACUCUACCUUGAUUAUGCAACUCUUGAGAGACAAUUUGACCCUCUGGACUUCAUCAGAGGCUGAGCCAACUGCCACUGAGACCGCUGCUCCGGCUGCUGCUGCAUCUGAUGAGGCUGCUGCGCCAACGGAGCCCAAGGCGGAUGCUGAGUAA